UCCAAUUUGGCAUAUGCAUCUGACCAUUUCUGAUUCUUUCAUUUUGUUUCCUUCACAUAAAUCGCAUCAACCCAUAGGCCAUAUCUGAGUUUAUAUUCUCACACACACAUAUAUAUAUAUGGUUUUUAUUUUUCCUAUCAAAAUAAAUAUCUGACAGAUUCCAGAAUUGAAGAAGUUUACUGUAAUUUGAGGGAGAGAAUUUUGAUGGGUCACCAGCCUUUUGGACCGGUCUGCUCUAAGGCACAUUGAUCUGAAGACUCAGAAAAACACCCAAACAAUUCGAUUUUAUCUUCAGAGAUCCUGAGAGUGUUGUUGAUUGUGUGGGGAAUUUGAAUGCCUCAUUUCAAGAAAAGUAGUUUGCAGGGUACCCUUUCCUCAGAAUUGUUGGCAAUGGGUGCUGUUUUGGGAUUUAUGGUUUUUUAUGAGUGACGAGAGAAAGCCCAGUCAUAACCUCAAAAUAUCCCGGGGUGCAGGCUGGUCCCAGAAUAUGUGCCCAUUCUCCCACAGUGCUUCUCUUUCCUUCUGGUAUGAGUUUUGAGCUUCUGGUGACUGACAAGUGAAAGAAAGGAUAAACCUUUGAAGUUGGACCGAGAAGGUUUGUCACUAGCUGUUGACUUGUAUACAGAAUGAGCAGCACGGUCUCGGGUGUUGUCUCGAGGCAAGUCUUGCCAGCAUGUGGUACCCUUUGUUUCUUUUGCCCGGCAAUGAGAGCGAGGUCAAGGCAGCCUGUGAAAAGGUACAAGAAGUUAAUAUCCGACAUUUUCCCUAAGUCACAGGAAGAAGAACCAAAUGACCGUAAGAUUGGGAAACUAUGUGAAUAUGCAGCCAAAAAUCCUUUGCGCAUUCCAAAGAUUACAGCCUCACUCGAGCAAAGGUGUUACAAGGAAUUAAGAAACGGGAAUUUUCAAUCAGUAAAAGUUGUUUUGUGCAUAUACACGAAGUUGAUAGUGUCUUGCAAGGAACAGAUGCCACUGUUUUCAAGUAGCGUGCUAAGCAUCAUAAAUGCUCUUCUUGAUCAAACACAACAAGAUGAUAUACUUAUCAUAGGCUGCCAAUCAAUCUUCGAUUUUGUAAGCAAUCAGAAAGAUGGAACCUACAUGUUUAACUUUGAAGGAUUUAUUCCGAAACUCUGUCCAUUGGCACAAGAAAUGGGAGAAGAUGAUAGAGCAAUUCAUAUUCGUGCAGCUGCUCUGCAAGCACUAUUUGCCUUGGUUAGGUUCAUGGGGGAACAGUCGCAUAUUUCAGUUGAGUUUGAUAAUAUUGUUUCAGUAGUCUUGGAAAAUUAUGAGAGGCAAAGCAAGGAAUCUCAAGACCCCGACCACAACAAGGGGGUGGAAGGAGAGAGUAAAAUUGAGGGCCAAACUCUUCCAGAAAACAUUACGAGGAGCAUGCUAGAGAAUGACAAGGGUGAACUGAACAUUUCAGUGGAGGAUGCCAAGAACCCUUUCUUUUGGUCUAGGAUGAGCCUAUAUAUCAUGGCUAGAUUAGGCAAUGAGGCUACAACAAUGCGACGUGUUCUUGAAUCUUUGUUCCGUUACUUCGAUAAUGAGAAUUCAUGGCCUAUGGAAUAUGGAGUUGCGUUUCCAGUUUUGAAGGACAUGCAGCACAUAAUGGAUGAUUCAGGAGAGAAUACACACUUUCUACUGUCAACAUUGAUCAAGCAUCUCAAUCACAAAAAUGUUGUAAAACAGCCUGAAAUGCAGCUUGACAUUGUUAAGGUGGCAACCUCCCUCGCUCAGUAUACAAAGAUUAAGAAUUCGAUGGCUUUAAUUAGGUCAAUAAGUGAUGUUAUGUGGCAUCUACAUAAAAGUAUGCAUCAUUCUCUUGAUGAUGCACAUUUGGGAGCUGAGGUGAUAGAGUGCAACAAAAAUUUCCAAGAAGCAGUGGACGAGUGCCUUGUGGAGUUAUGCAAUAAGAUAGGCGAUGCAGGUCCAAUACUUGAUGUAAUGGCCGUGAUGUUGGAGAAUAUGUCGAGUAUCACAAUCGUAGCAAGAACUGUGAUGGCUGCUGUCUAUCGUACUGCGCAAAUAGUAGCUCCUCUUCCUAAUUUGUCUUGUCAGAAAAAGGCAUUCCCCGAGGCCUUGUUUCAUCAGUUAAUACCAGCAAUGGUGCAUCCUGAUCAUGAAACACGCAUUGGAGCUCACCGCAUCUUCUCUGUUGUACUUGUUCCUUCUUCUGUUUGCCCUGAUAAGGGCUCGGAUGUGGUUAUCGUGCAGAAAGGUGUAGGACUUCCAAGAACACUAUCAAGAAACGUUUCUGUUUUCUCAUCUUCAGCUGCACUUUUCGGGAAGCUUGGAAACCAGAGAUUUCCAAGUGAGAAUGUUAAUCAUGAGAAUAAAGAGAAACCCUUUGCAGAAGAGGACGAGAAAAACAAUAAUAGUGGGAUGCUGAAUAGAAUCAAAUCAACCUAUAGUCGAGCAUAUAGCACGAAAGGCUCACCUGCACCUACUGAAGAAUCUACAGACAAACCAAGUAAAAGACCGGAUGUUGGUUCUCUAAGGCUGACUAACCACCAAAUCAGACUCCUACUUUCUUCAAUUUGGGUUCAGUCAACUUCCCCUGAAAAUCUACCCGCAAAUUAUGAAGCUAUCGCACACACGUAUAGCUUGGUUUUACUGUUCUCUUUAGCAAAGAACUCUUAUCGUGAAGCUAUGGUACUAAGUUUUCGGCUUGCAUUUUCAUUACGAAAAGUUCCUGUUGCUGAGGGAGGGGCACUGUCACCAUCACGUAGACGUUCCCUUUUUGUCUUGGCGACAUCUAUGAUUAUUUUUGCUGCAAACGCUUACAAUAUUCCUUCUCUAAUUACACGCGCCAAAGCAAUGCUUGGAGAUAAAACAGGUGAUCCUUAUUUACGUUUGGUUGAUGAUAGCAAGUUACAAGCAGUCGAAACAGGAUCUGGUUCGGGGAAAGUUACGUAUGGAUCCAAAGAGGAUGAUGAUUCAGCUUUGAUGUGUCUUUCAGAAAUAGAAAUAAAAAACGAGCAGUCUACAGCCUCUUUGGUUUCUAUAAUAAUAGAGAGUUUGGAUAAUCUGUCAAAUACCGAAGUGUCCACCAUAAGGAAGGCGUUGCUAAAAGACUUUUCCCCCGAAGAUCUGAGUUUGGUUGAAGCUCAGUUGUUCAAGGAUGCCAAACCGAGUUAUGAGCAAUCUGGUUCAAAUGACAACAAAUCUAUGGAGGAACCACUUUUUCCAAUAGACGAUGAUGUUUUGGAUUCGAUUGAAAGUGCCUUUGAUCAAAGUCCACUGCUGGCAAUAGAAAUUCCCGAUCUGCUUAGUGUUAAUCAAAUUCUAGAAUCUGUUUUGGAGACAGCUGCACAAGUCAGGGGAGCGUCUGUCAAUGCACAAACCGAUUUUUCUUUCAACGAGAUGGCAAAUCGUUGUGAGGCACAUCUUGCUGGAAAGAAAGAGAAGACGGUAAACCUGAUGAGCAUCCAGGGCGAAAACCUGUUCCUGGCACAGAAUCUUCCCGUGCAGUGUGCUGCAGAAUGCCAGCAACAUCCAGAUUCCCUUAUGCUCCCUGCACUGAGUCCAUUCGAUACUUUUCUGAGAGCAGCGGGAUGCUGAGACAAGAUUCUUGCUCGCCUUCUGAGGCACCACGCCUUCUAUGAUGGUAAAAGCAUUUCAUGCCUCUGAGAUUCUGCAGAUCUGCACUCAAUAUUUGGUUCAUAAACGUCGAGUUUCACACUUUUUCGGGGAGAAGUUGUCACUUGUACAGAUGGAAUUUGUUGAGUUCUUUUGGUGCUUGCCAGUCAAGUUCUUGCAACACUCAUACCAGAUACACAGGGGAGGCAUAUAUGCUGCAGAUUUUACCUCACAGAAACAUAAAUAGUUUAGCCAGAUAUGAGGUUUUACUUAUCCUAAUUCCUAAACUAUAAGUUAACCAACCCUUUCUUUUCCCUAAAAUCCCAGAUUCAAUUCAUGUAAUUUCUGCAUUAAAUUAAGGACACUGACAGCAGUAAUUUGGAAGAAAACUAGUCUUGUGGCUUCUUGGCAAA